AUGCUCCCGGUUUCGUUGCCGAACAUGAAUUUCGCCUUUGCAUCUGCAAAGACUAGAUCCACAUGCAAUUCUGUAUCUAUCAACCGCACUACUGGCUAUCUUUGCCAGGAAAAGCGUCUGAAGGGAAAGCGGCGUUGUCAGUUGAAACGUGAUCGCAAGAACGAAUGGACGUCAAGAGCGAAGGAGUUUGAAAGUGAAACAAGAACUCGAAGAAAGCUUGCGCUCUAA